AUGCCAUCAGUAUUUGAUGUUAACUAUGUAAAGGAUAAUUAUGUUUAUGAUGCAAUAACGAAUUUUUUGUGCGUUCAUUGGGCAAUACCUUUGGACUUGCUUGUUUUAUACAUAGCGUUUAGCAAACGUAAUGAUAACAGUGCAACGUGGUUUUCAACGGCUGGAAUGAUACUUUGUAAUUUGAUUGGAACUAUUUGCUUGUGUUCAAUUUAUUUAUUAUAUUUAAUUUCAUGGCUCUGGAUAAUUCCGAUGACUAUUUUAUUUUGUAGUGUUUGGCGUCAGAUUGCUCAACAAGCUUUGGUGACUAUGCAAAUGUGCAUACUGAUUGUUGCAGUUGAUCGUUUCUUGACAAUUAAAUGCAAUUAUCACUUGAGCCGAAAAAUGAUCGUUAUUGCAUAUGUUUUGUUAUAUACUUAUACAGAAAUUCUGAGCAUUCUGGCAAUUGUAUUAUUCGGACACAUUAGUGACGAUGACAUCUGUGGGCCUACCUUAUCUUUUCCUUAUUCAUUUGCACAGUAUCAACGUGAUAUAGCUCUUACUGCAAUAAUUUUAGCACUUAUCAUCUAUGUUUUAAUCUUACAUCACAUUCGAGCUAAUAACACUGAAGUUCCAAAGUGGUUGUGGAUUAUUAUAAAUGGCUUAACAUGCACUGGAUUUUCUUCAACACCUAUGGUGACACUGAUUUUUAUUAAGCAAUGUCGUGAAGAGAUAAGACAUUUACUGAGAAGAAUCUUGUUUUCCAAUCACGUUGCCGACGAAGCUUCAAUGCCUUCGGCGCCUGGUCGCUCGACUACUCAUGGAAAUUGGAUAAGAUGA